AUGGCCUCUGCUCGCUCCUUGAUGCGACUGGGCACUGGCCGCUCGCUGGCAUCGACUGCGAGGUCAUCAUCCCAGACAUGCCGCGCCUUCUCCUCGACCGUACAGCUCGCCUCCAAGGGCUCAACUGUUCCCGAGCCUGAGAAUAUGCGCCAAGCGCACCGUCCCCCCCAAGGAGCUCUUCGCGCACCGGUCGUCAACCCAGCCGACAAGUACCAGGAUAAGGCCGAGAGUUUGCACAAGUACGGCCAAUAUGUCAUGUCUUGCCUGCCCAAAUACGUCCAGCAGUUCUCGGUGUGGAAGGAUGAGCUCACAAUCUACGUCCCUCCCACCGGCAUCAUCCCUGUGAUGAGCUUCCUGAAAUACCACACCGCUGCCGAGUUCACCCAGAUCUCCGAUAUUACCGCCGUUGAUUUCCCCACUCGUGACCAGCGCUUCGAGGUCGUCUACAACAUGCUCAGCGUCCGCUAUAACUCCCGUAUUCGUGUCAAGACAUAUGCCGACGAGGCCAGUCCCGUGCCCAGUGUGACCGGUUUGUUCGAAGGAGCUCUGUGGUACGAGCGUGAGGUCUACGACAUGUUCGGUGUCUUCUUCAGCGGCCACCCCGAUCUACGUCGUAUCAUGACCGACUACGGUUUCGAUGGACACCCUCUCCGCAAGGAUUUCCCCUUGACCGGCUACACUGAGCUGCGCUACGAUGAAGAAAAGAAGCGUAUCGUCAUUGAGCCGCUUGAGCUGACACAGGCUUUCCGGAACUUCGAAGGAGGCACCGCUGCUUGGGAGCCUGUUGGUGAUGGUGUUGACCGGAAACCUGACUCGUUCAAGCUCCCGACCCCCAAGCCGGAGGAGAAGAAGGAGGAUGAAAAGAAAUAG